UCUAUGAACAUAUAAUACCACACUUUUAAGCGGCCAACACUGAUAAUAAAUAAUAUUUUAAAGGAAUAGGUAGAUAAGGUAGGUUAAAGAUUUUUGGGGAAAUCUGUAUCAUAUUGGGGAAAUAUUUUGUCUGUUUUGGGGAAAUUUUGAAAACUCAAUCUGGAGACCCUGCCUUGGAAGCAAUAGAGACGGCGAGUAAAACAAACUAUGUAGGUAUUUCACAACGAAGCGUGUAACUGGUGUGUGAUUAUUACAAACAGCCUGUCCUUGAAGAGUGUAAAGUGUAAAUAAUCACAGUACGAAAGACUAUGAAUGAAAAUUCUUUGCAGAAUAUUGCAAAAAAUUAUUUCGGUUCAUUAAAUCCUAUCGCAGAAAAAAUUAGCGUUGACAUAGCAGCAACCAAAGAUGCUUAUGAAGAUUUGUGGAAUACUUUGAGUUAUAAAGAACAAAACAAAAUAAUAGAUGAAACUAUAAUUUAUCCCGAAGUCGUACUGAAAUAUUCAUUUUGUCCCCAAUGCGAUGAAAAUAUUGAAUAUGUUUACUCGUAUCUUCAACUGGGUGAAAAAUAUGGGGAAUUUUCAUGGCAUGAUGAACAUUCAGCUCCAUUUUCUUGGAUGACUCGCAGCCAGCUAGACCUUAAGAUCUCCUGCGACCAUGAAGCAGUUUACCCGGGUGAUGAGGUGCCAGCAGCAAGUUCUUUUCUCGAGGACCAAAAAACUAUGUCUGUGCUAACAACCAAAGAAUCGUUCAUUGAUCCUCCAGGAAUUGUUUUGGGUGGCUCAACAUCCAAAUUUGCCAACCCUACAGAGUUUGAGAACAAAUACACAUCGAAGGCAAACAAUAAUGAGGAGCGAACCCUGUUUGGAAAAAUUAAAUUUUCAGCAGCUAUUCUAAAAAAUCAAACCAUCAAAUCUGCAUUGAAUAAAGCAGGCAUUGAUAGCAGCCAUAAAAAGUUUGCAGGAUGUGAAAAUGACGUUCUCCUGAAAACUAAAAAUAAGUGCACUGUAGUUCCAAGCUCAAAAAUUUUAAAGCAAAGUGUUGUUAAACCAGUUAUUUUAAAACCUAAAUCUCCUCCACCUCCUCCCCCAAAUAGGUCUAAGUCUUUGUUAGAAGAAAACUUUCAGAAUUUUUCUGAGACCAAAUCACUGCUACAUGAAAGUUUACAUGUUACUUCUAAAAACUACUCCACAAAGCCUGAUUUGAUGAAUAAGACUGAUAGUUUUGAUACUAAUCAAAAAGAUACUUCUUCUCAGUCUGUAGAUAUUUCAGUUCCAAAAACUGGCUUUGACUUUUUGGAUAACUGGUAAGGAUAUUGGUUACUGAGUUUACAGGGCAGCUUUUGUAUUCAUGUUCAUUUAUUGCCCAACCAGUGGGACGUAAUGGUUUUUUUAAAAUAAUGUGACAGUGUGCAGCUUGUUAUGUAUUUAAAAAAACUUUUAUUUAUUAUGUUUAGAGGUUGGUCAUUGGAGUAUUUAUAAUAUACCUUGGAAAAUGUUAUCUAGAAAAUUUCUGUAUAAUCUACAUGUAAUUACAUAAUUAUUUUUAGAGUAUAAUUUUAUUUUUGAUUUUAUACUUGACUUCUUAGCUAUAUUAACUAUACAAUUAUGUGUAGAGUAUAAUUUUAUUUUUGAUUUAAUGUUUGAAUUCUUAGUUUAAUUAAAUUUUUGGUUAUCUUUCAAAA